AACAGAAUCGCGGGCGCAUAGUCCAUCAGUCAAUCAAUCAAUCAAUCAUCUUACUACUACAUACUAUACUACUACUUCAUUUACUACAAAUCUUUUUGUGAUCCAUCCGAUCUUCUGAAGCGCUUCACUUACCUAUUCUUGCUAACCUUUCCUCCCCCCCCUCCCCCCUCCUCUUGCCGCCGAAGCUGAUCGGGGCGCGUUGGUCCCUGUGGUAUUCCCGGUGUUGCAAUUACAGCUCCCUCCUGCCGGCUUUCGUCCGUGCGAUACGCCGUCCACCAUGUUGGACGAGCUGGAUAAUGUCUUUGAUGACCAUCCCUCAUUAGAUGCCUCGCUGGAGGAUUUCGCAGAAAACAGCAACGCGCAUCGCUCACCACUCUUUGGUCUCCCCUCGCAGCACUCGGGCUUCCGGUCGGAGGACUCGGACGGUGACGCAGACGAGAUAACGCCCAAUGUCGAUCGCUGGUCGCCCCCGGGCUUUCGCAAGUACGAUGUUGUGCGUGGCAGUGGAUGGUACCGACAUCAACCGUACAUGCGCAAAGGCGACUCGGGAGAUCGGCUGGAGCUCAAGCCCACCGUUGGUCUCAGUCCCUCCCACUCGCGAGAACCCAGCCCGCAGUAUGAAGAUGCAUCGGAGGAUACGCCGGGUGCUUCCAACCCGGACACCACCUCGGGCGACAUCACCCUCGCCGCAAAUGUGCCGCUGCCUGCAGAUAUGGACUCGCCCAUGAAGGGACGCUCUCCGAGCCCGGCCAUGAUUAUUCCCAGAGGCUUGCCUGCUACCGCUGCCGCCGCCGCCGCUACCAACACUGCUACUGAAACAGAAGGACUGGAGUUUGGACCGGAAAAUCUUAGUAACUACAUCCGUUUUGCUGUCCGCGCAGAGGUGCAGCACCGCGAACCCUUUGUCGCAUUGUUUUCCUACCUGCGAUCCAAGUUUGACCGCAUCACGAGCACCAAAUCCAACACUACCCUGUCCAUCCUCAUUCUCCUCUUUUCCCUUGUCUUCAUGCGCGCAUUGUUUCUCCCGGCCUUACCACACUCCAUCCCAGACCUGGUGAAGCUGUCGAGCUUUGCGCGCUCGUUCGAGCCGCUCAUCUAUUACUCGGAGAAUGGGGUGCAGCAGAUUGGCACGCUGCAGGAGACCGGUGUUGCCGUCUGGGACCUCAGCGAGUCUGUCCGCGGGACCAACAUGACCAGCGCGCCGAUCAUCGUGCGUCAGUUGGAUGAGCUUUCCGAUUCGCUCAAAUCGCUGUCGCUCGAGCUCACGCGCUUCUUCGCCAACGUGGACUCGGACAUUGACUCGAUCCUCAUCGUCAUGGACUGGGCGAAGCGCGAGCUCGAACGACUUUCCUCCGAACCGCCCAGCAGCCUUCCCGCCAUCAUGUUUGAUAACUUCCACAACAUGCUCUCGCGGCUCGGCGCAUUGGAGCGCACCGUCCCCACGGCUAGUGGGAGCGGAGAGAAUGGUGGUGGUGGUGGUGGCGGUACCGAGCUGGCGACAACACCAACGACACUAGGCCAUGUGGUGACGGCUGUGUUCGGGCCGACGAGUGCGCAGCGUACGCAGGCGACGCUGACGCGGACUUUCAGCGAGUUCCUGUCCGUACUGGAGGAGUCGAUCAACAGCGAGCUGACGCACUCGACGGCGCUCUUUGCUCUCUUCGAGUCAAUCGACCGGCAGUUUCUCAACCUGCAGCGCACGGUGGUGCGCGAGUCUGAUGCGCAGGAGCGCGCCGAGGGCGAGAUGCUCUCCUCGCUGUGGACGCGUGUGCUUGGGCCCGACGCCGCCAUGGUCCGCAAGUACGAGAAGAACAAGCGCCUGCUAACCAAUGUGCGCAACCGCACCGUCGCAAACAAGCACCUCCUCAUGGAUCAUCACGGUCGCCUGCUCACCCUCAAGGUCAACCUGGAGACCCUUCGCCGCAAGCUCGUCAGCCCGCUCGUCCGCCGCAACGACUCCAUCAGCCUCGGCCUAGCCGCCGCUUCUUCAUCCUCCUCCUCCGCCUCCCUCGACUCAUCCGGCCACAACCAUCAUCAUCACCACCACCACAUGCUCGGCGCAGUCGAGUCCAUCAUUGACGGACAAAUCAAGGGCCUCGAGGGCACAUACGACUACCUGCGCUCUGUCCGAGAAAAGCAAAAGGCUAAGCUGAUGGAGAUGGUCUACGGGGCCGGCCGCCGCGUGCCAUCCAUGCCGGAAGAUCCAUCGAAUCACAUCGACGCAUCGACUGGUGACUCAUGAUUCAUCCUCUCUCUCUCUCUCUCUUUCUCCUCCUCUUCCUCCUCAUUAUCAAGUCUUCUUUCCCCAUCUUUUUUACGCUGGCGUUUCGUCAGGUGGUCAAUGUCGUGGCAUAUGCACAAAUGGAUACGGGACAUGGAGUUGCUACACAGGGAUACAAUGCUCUCGACUC